UCAUGUGCUGGAAAGUCAGUUGUACUGACAAACAAGGAAUUCGGGACCUUUGAGUAGAUCGAUACUCUGUUGAGGCAGUUAGGCAGAGAAACUAGUUUUACAUUGAAUUAAAGAGAUAAAACACAGUCUAAGUUAAGUCAUCAUGGCAUCUCUGUUUAAAAAGAAGACAGUCGACGAUAUCAUUAAAGAGCAGUCCAAAGAGCUGAGAGGCACCCAGAGACAAAUCACCAGAGACAGAUCUGCCCUGGAGAGACAGGAGAGGCAAAUGGAAAUGGAAAUAAAAAAAAUGGCCAAAACUGGAAACCGAGAAGCCUGCAAGAUACUAGCCAAACAGCUCGUACAGCUUAGAAAACAGAAGAACCGAACCUACGCCGUAAGCUCUAAGGUCACGUCCAUGUCCACGCAGACCAAGGUCAUGAACUCUCAGAUGAAGAUGGCUGGAGCCAUGUCUACCACAGCGAAGACUAUGCAGACUGUCAAUAAAAGAUUGGACCCCAAGAAGACGCUACAGACGAUGCAGGACUUCCAAAAGGAGAACUUCAAAAUGGGAAUGACGGAGGACAUGCUCAACGAUACACUGGAUGAGAUUUUUGAUGAAUCGGGCGACGAGGAAGAAUGCCAGGACAUCGUGAACCAGAUGCUGGAUGAGAUCGGCAUAGAGAUCUCAGGAAAGAUGGUAAGAGCCCCGUCAACAGGAAAGAUCCUCCCUGGCGCCUCCCCAGCAAAGUCUAAAGCGGCCACCAUUUCAGACGCUGAGAUCGAGAGACAGCUGAAGGCUCUGGGAAUGGACUAAAUCUCUUCACCCUCCACACCUGUGCACCCACUGCCAACAAAGAAAGACUGAGUUCAUAGUGGGAACGGGGAGUGUCCAAGUAAUAAAUGAAGGGAAGAUGUCAAGAAACAUACUCUUGUUGGAGCAUCGCAAUGAGUCACUGGAUUGGAUUCAUUGGUCAGAUAUAUACAGCAGAUCACGGUCUAGAUGUUUUGACAAAAUGCGCACUCAAACUGACAUACUCUCCAAAUCUGCUGCGCAUAGUGUAGGGUUUAAAGGCCAAGUAUCUAAUUUUGUGUCACUAGUGGCUCCAAAUGGAAUUGAAGUGUUUUGUUUUAAACAGCAUGACUGGCACAACAUCAUCUCAACCAAUAGUGUGAGCUUGGGGCAGGGCUAUCUGUUUGGGCAACCAAUGGCAGAUUGAGAGGGGAGGGGUUAAAAAGUCAAUGGGUGUGUUCAAAUCGAAGCGGACCAAGUCGAACAUUCCUAAUGGCUGCUUUCGAAAUCGUAUACUUCACCAAG